CACAUAUUAUCUAAAAAAUGACGCAAAUAUGACCAACAUUAGAGUCCAAUUAAUGUUACAGUAUAGAUAACCUUUUCAUAGAUAAUAUGUAAGAUCUGCUUUGUUAAUGUCUUCAUCACCUCAGACUCACAUUCCAGCAACACUGCUCUCUGCUCAAACUAAAUGGUUACUAAUAAAGUUUUUCAAACCACGUGAUCACAAGUGCCAUGGCUGCGUCCUCGUGUCAUACGUGAGUCCAAUCAAGUCGUGUGAUUAAUUCUUAUCAGAGGAAAUUCCUGUAAACAGUCAAAGGAAAAUGAAGCCCAACGGGAGUCAGAUGAAAAAUAUGCGCCCUUUCUCUAGGACGAAGUCAGCCAAACGGGGGAUCCAUGUGAAGGGCAGCUGGAAAGCAGUAGAACUGGACCCCAGUCUCUUCUCAGAAGAGGGCAUGGGGGGACUGGUCUGUUUUGAGGAGCUGACAGACUACCGCCUAAUAGACUCUGCCAAGGAAGAAGCUAAAGCAGAAGCUAAAGCAGACAAAUAUAAAAAGAAGAGAAAAGAAAGAAAAGAAAAGAAAAAAGCUAAGAAAAGAAAGGCUAGUGAGAGAGAUAAGGAUGGAGGGAAACAAAAGGAGGUAUGUGAGGGAGGUAGUUACGAAAAUGAAACGUCUGAAAAACCAGCUAGGAAGAAGAAUAAAAAGAAAACAACCCAACAAAAUGAUCCAACCACACAGGAUGACAUUUCUGCGGACAGUAAAGUGAAAAGUGAGGAGGUGAGUGACAAAGUCCAAAACCUUAAAAAUGGUUCAGAGAACAUUGUGGUCAAGGAGGAAGAGGAGAAAGCCCCUGAAGAAACUGUCUUACAAGAUGCUGUUAUGUGUCCUGAGGAUGCUCAGCCACAAUCAAACAAUACAAAGACUGAUGGCAAAAAGAGGAAGAAAAGAAAGGUAGAAAAGCAGACAGUCCCAGAGUCACAGACAGAGUUACCCCCUCAAGGCAAAGUGUCUAAACUCUCCAAAAAGAAAGCAAAGAAUUGGACCAACGCGGCACGCUCUGGUUCUGACCAAAACUCAGAUGUGACAGCGUGGAAGGAUCUGUUUGUCCCUGACCAAGUGUUGAAGGCACUGAGCAGUCUAGGGUUCGGAUCACCCACGGCCAUUCAAGCUCUGGCAUUGCCACCUGCUAUCAGAGACCAUAUGGACAUUGUUGGGGCAGCCGAGACGGGUAGUGGUAAGACGCUGUCUUUCGGCAUCCCCAUGAUCCAUCAUAUCCUGGAGUGGAAGAAGGGAGCAGAUGAAAGUGAGGGGGCGACAGAUGGCCAGACUGAGCCAGGAACACAGGUGGAAAGCCUGUACCUGCCGACAGUGGAGGAAUCUGUAGAGACUGAGACAUGUAUUUCCAUUGACACCAGCAAUGAGGUCACUGAGGAAACCACAGAGCAGGAAGAUCCUCAAGAGCAGGGGAGUGAAGAUGUAGCAGAGGAAGACAAAGAUGCUGCUGAUGACAAAGAAAUAAUUGAGGAUGACGAAAAAACAAUUGAGGAGGAGGAGAAUGAUGAAGAAAUAUAUCAGGAGGACGAGGAUGAGAGUGACUCUGAACAGAUAGGGUGCGUCAAAGUCAUUGAGAAUAUGGAGUUUGAAUUUGACAACACAGCAGAAGAAGAGACUCUGAAAGUCAGUGAGAAACAGCCAUUGUUAGGAUUGGUUCUCUGCCCGACCAGGGAGCUGGCUGUACAGGUGAAACAUCACAUUGAUGCUGUGGCUAAGUUUACUGGUAUAAAAACAGCGAUUGUGGUCGGUGGAAUGGCUCAGCAGAAACAGAUCAGGAUGCUGAAACGCAGACCUGAGAUCAUCAUUGCCACUCCAGGACGCCUGUGGGAGAUGAUCAAAGAGAGGCAUCCACAUCUGGUGAACCUAAGGCAGCUAAGGUGCCUAGUCAUUGACGAAGCAGACCGCAUGGUGGAAAGAGGCCAUUUUGCUGAGCUGGAAAGUCUGCUGGAGAUGCUGAACACUGUCCAGUUCAACCCAAAGAGGCAGACAUUUGUGUUCUCCGCCACCCUGACCAUGGCCCACAGCUUGCCCACCCGUGUCCUACAGAAGAAGGGCAAGAAGGUGGACCAGAGGAGCAAGCUGGAGGUCCUUAUGGAGAAAGUGGGGAUCAGGUCCAAGCCUAAAGUCAUUGAUCUGACCCGGAAGGAGGCUACAGUCGAGACCCUGACUGAGAGACGGAUACACUGUGAAAAGGAAGAGAAGGAUUUCUUCCUGUACUACUUCUUGCUCCAGUAUCCAGGCCGGACUAUGGUGUUUGCCAACAGUAUUGACUGCAUCAAGCGGCUUAACUCUCUGCUGGUCAUCUUGGACCGUACUCCACUGCCACUGCAUGCCAACAUGCACCAGAAGCAGCGCCUAAAGAACCUUGAGAGGUUCGCUGAGAGGGAGAGCUGUGUGCUCCUGACAACUGAUGUGGCGGCAAGAGGGCUUGACAUUCCAAAUGUUCAACACGUCAUUCAUUACCAGGUUCCAAGGACGUCAGAGACUUAUGUCCACCGCAGUGGUAGGACAGCACGAGCCACCAAAGAGGGUCUCAGUUUGCUCCUGGUUGGGCCAGAUGACAUGAUGAACUUCAAGAAAAUCUACAGAGCUCUGGGAAAGGAUGAGGAGGUUCCCAUGUUUCCCAUACAGAGCAAGUGCAUGGCUGCCAUCAAGGAGCGAGUCAACAUGGCCAGGAAGAUAGAGAAGAUUGAAUUCCACAAUAGCAGAGAGAAGCAGCACAACUCUUGGUUUAAGCAAGCAGCAGAAGCUCUGGAGGUGGAUCUUGAUGAUGAUGUUUUGCUUGGGGGGAGGAAGGAUGAGGAAGACGACAGGCAGCAGCAGAAGAUGGUGAAGGGCAUGAAGAAGCACCUGAAACACCUGAUUUCUCAGCCUGUAUUCAAGAAUGUGAUGAAGACCAAGUACCCCACACAGAUGGGUAAGCUCUCCCUGCCCAACAUGCCCCUACAUGGUUUGGAAACGGCCUUGACCAGUGUCUCCAAUCAGAAGAAAAUACAGAAACAAAAGAAGCAGCAGUAGAAGUGUUAAAAAUGAGUGUCGUCUCAAUUAGAAUGUAUGAGAUUGAAUUUUUAUAAAUUGAGAUACAGUGCAAUUAUUGUAAAAAAUUCACAUAAAAUGAUUUUAAGAGAUA